UGAUUUGCAAGGCGGCCAGAUUCCAUGCAGCCUGCUGAGGAGAGCAUAUUGCACUUUAGCAGCCAUAGGAAUCGGAACGAUCUUUCUGCAGCUCUGAAACUGUCAGUGAGUGGUACACAGGCUGAGGCCAAGCACCUCACACAACUCAAUGACUUACAUCUUAAUCUCAAGCUGCGUUAUCUUUAUAGAACAGUUUCUACUUUCUUUUUUUCCCCUGGGAUUGGCAGUCUACUUUUUUCAUACUCAGCAAACUUUCUGGGAAUGUCCACGUCUGUGCUGAUUUUACUGUUCUUAUUAACUUUCACCAUCUCUGCACUAAGUCACCUAUGAAGUGGAGAAGCAGGUUAGACAGCUGGGGCACCAACGUCUGUACUCUUCAGAUAAGAAAAUGAAGGCAAAUGAGAAAAGCGGGAUAAGAAAUUCUUUGUGUGCCUGUGUCUUGUUUAGCGAUACUGCAUUUCUGUGUGCUUCAGAUCAAAGCAUUGUUAAAAUUCUGCUGGGUUUAGGCCUGACCUCCAGAACUUGAUGAACACAUGACAGAGUGCUUAGUGUGGCUUCAGCUUUGUGUCUCAAAACUUGCAGGAUUUUGCUUUUGUUUAUUGUCCUGAAGUGUUGUUAUGAACCAACCUCUGGAAUUCACCUUCUUGUCUCUGAUCAAACGUUAACCAUGCCUGGUUACUCUUCCAUGCUUGCUGUGUCCUUUGGCAGUAAAAGUUCUUCUUCCUCAUUGUUUUGCAUACUUUUUCUAGAACUGACCUAAUUACUUGAUUCCUCUAUAACUUGCUUUCCUAUCCAAGGUCACUUUUCUCCACUUCCCCGAUGAUUACAGCCCUGUCCAGCAAGGGGGAGUUCAGUGUGGGGAAGACCAGAGGGAGGACAAGACUUGCUGCAGAUAAGGAUGUGGUGCCGGAGGCUGGCAUGCCUGCUCAGUGUGCCUUGCCAACACACCAGACAUCGCUUGCUGGGGCCGUCCUGCGGCAGGAGGACCUUCACUGCUGCUGUGGCUCGCUGGCAUCACACAGCCCCGGAGUCCCUCAGCUGUGCCUGGCAGUUACACGGUGAUCAUUUAGAGAGAUGUGUGCUGAAAUUGGUGUUCUAUGUUCCCUUUGGGAAUUCCCAAAGGCAGGAUGGAGCAGAGCUCAGGUAUGCAGACACCCUGAUGCGCUUUGAUUUUGUCUGGCUGCGGGACCACUGCCGCUCAGCUUCCUGCUACAACGCCAAGACGAACCAGCGCAGCUUGGACACAGCUAGUGUGGACCUAAGCAUCAAGCCCAAGGCUGUCCGGGUGGAUGAGACCACGCUUUUCCUCACGUGGCCGGAUGGACAUGUUACACGGUACGGGCUGCAGUGGCUGGUGAAGAACAGCUAUGAGGGGCAGAAGCAGCAGGUCAUGCACCCCCGGAUCCUCUGGAAUGCAGAAAUCUACCGCCAAGCCCAGGUCCCCUCUGUUGACUGCCAGAGUUUCCUGGAGACAGACGAGGGGCUGAAGGAGUUCCUGCAAAACUUCCUUCUAUAUGGGAUUGCUUUUGUUGAGAAUGUGACUCCCACCAAAGAGGACACACAAAUCUUAGCAGAAAGGAUCAGUUUAAUCAGGGAGACCAUCUAUGGCAGAAUGUGGUACUUCACCUCUGAUUUCUCCCGGGGUGACACUGCCUACACAAAACUGGCUCUGGAUCGGCACACUGACACAACCUACUUCCAGGAGCCCUGCGGCAUCCAGGUGUUUCACUGCCUCAAGCACGAGGGGACAGGUGGACGCACACUGCUGGUGGAUGGCUUCUAUGCGGCGGAGCAGGUUCUCCGGCAAGCCCCCGAUCAGUUUGAGCUGCUAAGUAAGGUGCCACUGAAGCAUGAGUACAUAGAGAAUGUGGGAGAUUGUCACAACCACAUGAUCGGAGUUGGACCAGUCCUCAACGUCUAUCCCUGGAACAACGAGCUUUACCUGAUCAGAUACAAUAACUAUGAUCGUGCAGUCAUCAACACUGUGCCUUAUGAUGUUGUGAAUCGCUGGUACACUGCUCACCGCACACUCACCACUGAACUCAGGAGACCAGAAAAUGAACUGUGGGUCAAACUGAAGCCAGGCAAGGCACUGUUCAUAGAUAACUGGCGUGUCCUGCAUGGGCGGGAAGCAUUCACGGGGUACCGCCAGCUGUGUGGCUGCUACCUGACAAGAGAUGAUGUGCUCAACACCGCACGCCUACUGGGACUGCAAGCUUAGCCUGGGCCAUCUGCUGUGGAGAGGCAGACAGAGCUCCACGUCGUGCUGGUGCGUCACCACAACCAUAUUGCACAUACCUCAGACACCUCCGCCCUCUCUGAGCAGUUCUCUCUGCCUGUGUGGGAGAGGGAGCAGGUGGAAGCCAAAGGUUAUGGGAGCUUUUUGGAACUGUAUUCUGCCUUUUUCUGAGCUUGGUCAGCUCUUGCUGUCUGUGCACUCAGCCUGGUCUUUUCAGCCAGCCACUUUGUCUCAGCUCCAGUGAACUGGGGCUAAUCACACUAUGAGAAGUGCUCCUCCAAUCAAGUGCCUUCAGGAUCUGAAAUCUGUUUCUCCCUGUUGUUUGGUCUUUCUUUGUCAGCUACCGUAUUCAUUUUUUUUUUGGCAUAACAGAGCAGAAUGGAUAUAUCUGGGAUCUUGUUUCACCUCAGACCAGAUGCCUUCAUAGUGAAAAAGGAAAUCACUAUUUGAUGAAAGUGCCACUACUUAAACUGAGGGCUGCUGGCAUGUACCGGUGACUUCUUUCCUCUAAAACAAGCUGUGUACCCCUCUCUGACAGACUCUGGUACAAGAAACGAUGCUUGAGAGUUGGCCUGGGAAGUCAAACUCAUAGUUAAGGUAUCUCUAAACCUUUAGAGUAGGCAGAAAGGGGAAAGUAGUGAGAUAGAUCUGCAGAUUGGAAAGGAGAGAUGGCUUUGGAUGAGGAGUGUGCUUCUCACCUUUCCUUCAGUAAUGUAACGUAAUGCUGAACUAGUGAUCUGUCUGCCUGUUACGCCAUGCUUCAGUCUAGGGUCUUCACCCUUCGCUCAUCAGCUACAGUGUUUGACACAUUUCCCACUCUGCCUACUUUUCCAGCUUUCUUGAAGAAGGAAUUUUUGUUAGGGCAUCUUUACACUGACUGCUGGAUGAGGCAACUUUUUUUUCCACCAGAUUUUCCUGCAUAUGAAGGUAAUGAACCCAGAUAAAUUUCAAGUCCUGGUAGCAGGAAAGUAAACUUGUAGAGUGGCACAUUAAACAACCACAGUGGAAAUCUCUUAAUAGAUUUUAUUUUUAAUUCUUCCAUGUGUUUGGGAGGUAUUUGCUCUGCUCUGACUGGACCCUAAAACAUGGUCCUGUUCACUUCUGGCUUUCCUGUUCAAGAAAGUUGCUGUUUUGCCUAAGGUAUAAAUGGGGUGCAGAAUGCCAAACCUGCUGCCUUCGUUUCAUCUAAAUAUUGAAUGUAUACAUCUUAGUUUUAGGAAGCACUCUUAAAAGCUUCUGUUCUUGUGGACUGAGCUAACUUAAUGCUGUUGUUUGCAGUGAGCAACCACUGCAGUCAUCAGGAGUCGCAAGGGUUUCAGAGUGAAGGCUGAUGGGGAAAUUGUGUAUCAGAGGAUAUGAAAAAAGUGAGGAAGUAAAGAAGUGAAACAUCAGCAGUGGCAGCAGGCUUGAUGUGAGCUGGCUUCUGUCAGAUGUGUCUCCCAAGGCUUGUGAACAGCCUCAGACAUAGGCAGGCACUUGAGGUUUCCUGUAGGCUAAGUCAGUGGGUUCCUCAAGCAGCCUGCAUCAUGCAUUGCUUCUAUUAUCCUUACCAAAUAUUUGGUUUAAAGGUUCUCAGUAGAUGCCAGUUACACCAGCAUAACUUCAGUGUGAAGCUUUGCAGAUCUUUGUUAACCACAUGGAAGUAGCAAACCCCUGUGGUUACAUAUGCUUCUCACACAACACAUCUCACAUGCUCUAGGGUUGUUCCACUUUGUACUUCUGGGUGAAGCUGUGACCUGGAGCAUGUUGAGGAGAGGCCGUGACAAAAUCAUCUCUGUGUUAAUUGACCCUGGGAGGGGGACAGAGAAGCCCAAUCAGUGUUUCAGGACAUGUCAGAAAUUUCUGAGCUCCUCUUGUCUCCUUGUGCCCUGAGGACCAGAAUAAAAGCAGUUGGGUUAAUGUGGGAUUCAUCCCUUAGUUGCUGAAAUUAGCUUUACUUCCCAUUUUCAUCAGCUGCAAGCCAAAAAUCUGCCACUACUCUGAGCUGGAGAGUGCAGGGCUAUGGCUAGCAUGAGGGAGAACUGACUCAAAAUAUAUUGACAAUUGUAGUGAUACAGGUGCCUUUCUGAGGAACGUGGUGAUCAUAGCUCUGCCUCCCACUGAACAGUGCGGAGCUGCCAAGAGCUAUGGUCUUCAGCCACCAGACUCCUCUUUGAGCCAUCUCCAAGCCAGCACACUCCUUGAGGUGAUUGUGUAAUGUGUUUUGGGGGAAAAUUUUCACCAUGAAUGUAGCAGAAACACAUUUCCUCAUAGGUGUUGUUCAAUUCAAUUUAUCCAUUUCAUAAGAAAAUGGGGAGGGAGCUUUGUUUAAUCGUGUGCUCCACCUCUUCUUCACUUCCCAAGUGGACUGAGUUGUUCCUAAGCAUCUUGUGAUCAUCAAGGCUUUAUUUGUAGAAAUGGGGCUUCUUGGCAACUGCAGUCUGUCUGAUAUGGACAUCUGUUGCGUUGUGUUAUGGAACAGAGGUGGUUUGCUGUAAUGGCAUCAGAUCAAUGUUUGUAAUCAAGCUUCACCAGUUCUUUCAGCCAAUAAAUGAUGAACUGCUUCUUUCUCCCUCCCACUA